GGGGGGGGACUGAAGUAUUGUGUUACUUUGAAUAAACUGAUAGGGACAAUUACAAGCGUUCUAAACAUGAACUUGUCUCCCAACUCCACUUCUUUCCUAAUAUAGUAUAACAUUGUUUGCAGUUAACAUAACAUAUAUUAUAUUGGAACAAAUGGGCAUUUUAAAUAACAUUGUGAAAAGAUUGUCAAUUCAAGCAUUUUGACAGAUUUUAGUGUUAAGUUCUUGAAUGUCACUUGUAUUAGCCUAAUGUCUUACAAUUUGUGCGGUAUGUGUAAGUACUAAGUAAGUAGUACUUAUGGUAUGUGGUUGUCUUACCUAGCUACCUUAAGAUGAAUGCACAAAGUUGCUCUGGAUAAUGACCUUUGCUAACUGACUUAAAUGUAUAGGUAAUGUAGUACGAUAACCUUGAGGUAGGAAGCUAGGAUACACAGUCAUUAUGUUCAUAAUCAUGCAUUGCUACAUCAGACUCCAGGCCUCUGUAAAUAUGUUCCCUUUUCCAAGGUGACUGGGAGUGACAGGGGAGCAGUUUUUAUCAGCUGUCCCCCAUCAGGGUUUAAGAAGCAGGCCAGGCUUUCCACUGCAGUUUGGCCCACAAACCUUCAACUCCUCACUGACCAGCAGGAGGCUAGUUUAGUUGUGAAGCCAAACAACAGACAGAGUACUGGGGUGUAUUUAUUAAGCCGAUUCUGUUGAAAAACCUUUUUUUUUAUACUCCUAAUGGAAAACGGUUUGCAACGUUUUGGACAAAUUCAGGUAGGUCCUUCCCUGUUUUGUUCCGUUUGUUUCUUAAAUGGUAUACAGUUUCCGUUUCAAGAAAAUUAAAGAACUGCAGGCCUAUCUCCUUAAAACAGUGGUUUCAAAAUGUUUUUGGGUCGUGAUCCUCCACCUAAAGUUAGUAGUUAUUUUUUACAUGUAGACUACUAUCGGAAGUUCAGUACAAUGGCAGUGGUUCACAAAUGUUUAUUUUGACCCACAUGAAGAUUGUGGUGUUUUUUUUACAUGACCCAUCAAGCCUGUCCCAAUUUACUCCCUACCCCUAGGCCCUAACCCUCUGAUGUUUGCAGAUCUGAAUUGCCUCAGUAGGUAUUGGCCUAAGCAAUGUAGUGAUGACGCCUCCACUAUAUUGAUUAAAUCUUACAGAUCUGCAAACAUUGAAGGGUAAGGGAUGUUUUUAGCCGUGCUCUGGGCUUGGGACACAACCCACUAGUAGGAACCUACCCCACCCAACAUUUUGAGAAAAAAAACCUAUGCCUUAAGGUAGUUGGCUGAAGUGUUGUUGGACCUGGAAACAGCAUUCUUAAUGCAUUUUUUUAUUUUUAUUAAAAACUUAACGGCAUCUCUGGGCAUUCCAGGCCAUUAAUUAAGCAACACAAGUUAGUUUCUGUUAGUCAAGGGCCCACUUUUCAGUGUUUAUCCAACACAUCAAGUUAUUGGUGUUUACCAAUAGUCUCUCAUCUCAAAUGUAUUGUAUAGAUGCAGUGUUUUGAUUUUGCUGGUAGGUCUGCCUUAUGACUCAGCUAGUUGACCAAUCAAACCAUAUUGACUAAACCUUGUCUUGUCUGUUUUUCAUCCACCUUCUUGCAGACUUCCUUUUGAAAACGUCGCUGGGCACUUUUUUAGUUGUCUUUUUUUUGGGGUGGGGGGUCAUUGGGAUUCUAUCGCGCCACCAUGUCCACCUCCUAUAAGAAGGAAGUAGUGAACUACAGGGACGUGGAUGAGGAUGAACUACUGAAGAAACUCUCAGAGGAAGAGCUACAGAGGCUGGAGGAUGAGCUGGAGGAGUUAGAUCCUGACAAUGCCCUGUUGCCGGCCGGGAUGAGGCAGAAGGAUCAGACCAAGAAGGCGCCGACCGGAACCUUCCAGAGAGAGAACCUGGUAGCCCACCUGGAGAAGCAAGCCAAGGAACAUCCUGACAAGGAGGACCUGGUUCCGUUCACUGGAGAGAAGAGAGGUAAAGUCUUUAUACCUAAGGAUAUGGUGGACCCCAUCAUGGAGAAUGUAUCUCUGGAGCCAGAGCUGGAGGAGGCACUGGCCAACGCCAGCGACGCUGAGAUCUGCGACAUUGCCGCCAUUCUGGGAAUGCACACUCUGAUGAGUAACCAGCAGUACUACGAGGCUUUGGCCAGCAGCAAUAUAGUCAACAAACAAGGCCUUAACAGUGUUAUCCAGUGUACUCAGUAUAAGCCUGUGCCUGAUGAGCAGCCCAACUCUACUGACGUGGAGGAGACGCUGUUGAGAAUGCAGAGGAACGACCCUGACCUGCUGGAGGUCAACCUCAACAACAUCAAGAACAUUCCAGUGAAGACACUGAAGGCUUUUGCAGAUUCCCUGAUCGAGAACACUGUAGUGGAACGCUUCAGCAUGGUGGGAACCAGGAGUAAUAAUCCCGUAGCCUUGGCCCUGGCAGAUAUGCUGAAGGUGAACACCACACUGAAGAGUCUAAACAUAGAAUCCAACUUCAUCACAGGGACAGGUAUCCUGGCUCUCAUUGCCUCACUGCAGUCCAACACAACCCUGCAGGAACUCAAGAUCGACAACCAGAGCCAGCCGCUCGGUAACAAGGUGGAGAUGGAGAUAGCCAGCAUGCUGGAGAAGAACACCACGUUGUUGAAGUUUGGCUACCACUUUACCCAGCAGGGCCCCAGGCUGAGGGGCUCCAACGCCAUGAUGAACAACAAUGACCUGGCUCGGGUAAUCCGAUCUGAUCAUCACUCGGACAAUUCCUUUACCCUCACUCUGUCCGUGCCGGAACUGGAGAGGGCAUUUGGUAAAAAAGUACAAGCCGAAACUCACCAAACCCAAGACCAAGAAAUAAGAAAGAGAAGGCUUGAAGGAGGUCCCAUCUUCCCCAAGUGUCGGACAAGUGUGUAGCGCCGUGCCAGGCGGCAGCACUGCCCGGGCCCGCCCAGCCCCGUAUUCAGCCAGACGCACUCCAACAGAAAUCCCAUCAACCCCUGCUUCCGAAACCCGAACCUCGACCCCUCCGCGAUGACAGAAAUCUUUCCAAUUCGAAUGUCAGGGGCUUUGGCAAAUCUUGUUCCUAAUGUGGAAUGGAGUUGAUCUACUAUUGUAAAAAAAAAAGGUUUUCCCUUCACAGAUUUCUACUGAUAUCGGUUUAGAUAUCUUCAGUAAUAAUAAUAAUAUCUGGUAAUUGUGACAUAGAAGCAGCCCACAUACAGAAAAUAUUUAUUUUGUUGUUAUUUUGUUUACUGGAGAUUAACUUGUUGUGGUUGAAGAUGUUACACCCAUAAUGUAUAUUGUACCACAUGCCAAGGGCAGCAGAUAGCCUAACGGUUAAGAGUGAAAGGUCGCCGGUUCAAAUCCCCGAGCCGACUAGGUGGAAAAAAAUCUGACGGAGGUGCCCUUGAGCAAGGCAUUUAACCCUAAUUGCUCCUGUAAGUCACUCUGGAUAAGAGCGUCUGCUAAAUGACUCAAAUGUAAAUAACUUAACUUGCUUAUGAUGUUAAUACCACAUUACGGAUUUCAGCAUUUCGCAACCACAUAACUUAAUGUUUUAAGACAAGUUGUUAAGUCUGCACUUUGUGCUGUCUGUAAGCAAAGGCACAUAACGGUACAUGGAAGUUAUGUUCAGAGGAAUUGUUAAAGAUUAAAAACAUUUGGGGUGUAAGUUGUUUGUCAAAGUUGACCCCAUAGAGACAACCACUAAAAGCUGGUCCUAGAUCAGUUUGUCCGCUAUGGUGUAAAUUCUGUAGUAUUACUGAUCUCUAGUCAGUUUAAGUCUUCUCGGUCAAACCUUACACAGAGUGUAACUGACAGUUAGACUUACAGGUUAUGUCGUUGUCUUUUGUUUGAAUUGUUUAUGUGUCCGCUGUGCGGGGGAAAUGAUAAUACAAGCGGAACUACGUAGCUAAUACUGUUGUAACGGGGAUCCUUAUUGUAGCAACACACCUUUGGAGGGAAGGCAAUCCUGCGCUGCGUUAGCUAAGUUUUCAUGUCAUCGGGUGUAGUUCAUAAUGGUUGAAGAGUGUAUGUUAGGAUGAAGUGUGAAUUCAUGCCAGGAAUAAUAAGUGUGAAGUUUAAUUUCCUCCCUUCUGUAAUAAGCAGCCAAUGAGGUAUUUGUUCCUUUAUUCAUGUGUUAAUCUGAACCUGUUAUAACGCCGGUUAAACUGUUAUGUAUGUAAGCACUUCAGAGUUAUACCAAGCUAAUAAGUCACUCGUAAGAUAAGGUCGUAAGAGUGUGCUUAACUGUAUUUUUCAUUUACUUUAUAGUUCUCACGGAAGGUGAUAAUUCUGACUAAAACUACAGAAUAAAGCCGCCAGUUAAAAUCAAGGAACGGUUGUGCUCGUGGUUACUGAAGGGAGCUACAGUGAGAACUCAAUGCUCUUCACGAGCAAGAGAGAAAGAAGAAUCUCAUCCAGCUGUAAAACAUCUACAAGAUUCCCAAAUCCUGGUAGACCUUGUCAUCUGCCAGAUAAGAGUUUUGCACCUACCUGCAAACUAAGAAGAAAAUCUCCACAUAAGGAAGCAUCGUGAGGCAACAUAAGGUCAAGACUAACAGGAAAGUCAGACACGCAAGUACAAGUCAAGGUGUUUGAAGGUGGUCCUAGCCUUCUGAACAGCUAAUAAGAGACUUUAAGAUCACAAUUCGUAAGGACUGGAGAUAGUUGUCUAUUUCAUAAAGACUCUGGUAUUAUGCAUUUGCUCUUUCUAUCUUAAUGUAUCGCUGGUAUGUGUAUUACUGAAAAAUAUUAUUUGAUACUUACUAAAUAUAUAUAUAUAUAGUCACAAACAUUAAGGGUCAGCGUACACCUAUUAAUUCUAUUUUCACCUGUAAGUUAAUAGUGUAAUUGUUUGGUAAGGUGUUUGUUCAAGCCUUUGUUUCAAGCAUUAUACAUGUUUAUACCACGUACUGAGGUAUAAAUUACAGUGAAUUAGAGUAUAAAUUACCUACUCACUUAUCCAAACCUUAGCUAGAAUUGAUUUGACUUGAUUUAGAAUGUCAGAAAGAGGUAGUUUCACUAAAGGUGAUAGAGAUGGGGUGGGUCAAGUUGAGCAGCUGCAGCAACACCUCGCAAACUUCGAGCCUUCAUCAGAACAAACAGAGCAGCAGGAAGAGGUAGCACAACAAGAGCCACGAAAAGGUGAGAGGGUCCGCAGGUUAACUGAAAAGGGCAGAGAACUGCGCGACGAAAGGUGGAGACAGCUCGAACAACGUUUCAGGGUCAGCUAUGAGAAGUGGAAGGCUCUGGUAAAGGAAGCAAAACUGUCACUGACAGGUUGUUGCUCUGAAGACCUACUAGAAGACCUCUUAAACAAGAUUAGCCAUACCUCUACAGAGCUAAACCGUGUCUAUGUAAAUUUGCGUCAAAUCGACAUUCCCGACAACGAUAUACGACGCAGAGUUGAUACUUGUGAAGCAGUUACAAUGUCUAUUAUCAAGACUGUAAGGUGUCAUUUAAAAGGCAGGGAAGAAGGUCAAAGUAACCAGAUAGAGUUGCACUGGAAGGACAGCAAUUCCUUGUGCAUGUCCGAACUCUCACAUAAGUCAAGUCCCAACUAUCAGCCCUCAAGUGCUUCCUCCCAGUCUCAAAACAACUCAAAGGUCAACUCCAGAUGCUCAAGCGUGUCAUCUGUCAAGAGACAAGAGGCUGCGGCGGAAGUUGCUGCUAACCAAGCAGCUUUAGAAGUAAUGGUUAAGCAAGAACGCCAACUAGAAGAGCUUCAGCGACUCGAAGAUGAAGAUAAGAAGAGGACAGCGGAGCAAGAAGCUGAGGCUGUGAAACGCAGCUUAGAAGAAGCUAGGCUGCGAGUCAAGUUAGAGGUAGAAAAUGCUGCCAGACGAAGGACACUAGAAGACAAGCGUAGAGAGUUAGAGCACCUAGAAGUGCUCAAGAAACUAAAUGCUGCCAAGGCGCGAAUGCAAGUGUAUGAGCAAGAUGAAAACUCAGAGGACGAGAAGAGAGAACUACUCUCUAACUGCAAGUAUGUGAAAGAAGUCAUGCACAGAAGUGGCUCAUUUCACAGUCUCUCACCACAACAUGUUGUGACAAGCACACAGCAAGAAGAUGGCACCAAGACCAUGUUCAGGUUACUAGCGGAAGCAAUCAGUGAAAGCCGCCUCCCCAUACCAGAACCAGUAACAUUCAAUGGAGAGCCUCUCUCGUACACUGACUGGAAGGUCUCUUUUCAGACUCUGAUAGACAGGAAGAACAUACCAACAACUGAGAAGAUAUAUUACUUAAGAAAAUAUGUCGGUGGGCCUGCCAAGAAAGCCAUCGAAAGUUACUUUAUGUUAGGAACAGAAUCAGCCUACCAUGCUGCUUGGACCAUUCUUGAAGAAAGGUACGGAAACAAAUUCUUCAUCGCCAAGUCUUUCAGAGAUAAGCUCAAUGCAUGGCCUACGAUAGGAUCCAAGGACAGUCUUGAACUUAGAGACCUUGUAGACUUUCUUCGCAGCUGUGAAGCUGCUAUGUCUCAGAAUAAGGGCCUGGAGGUGCUUAAUGACUGUAAUGAAAACCAAAAGAUCCUCGCUAAACUUCCAGAUUGGCUAACUUCAAGAUGGAAUAGAAAGGUCACAGACAUCUUAGAAGAAACGGAGAUCUUUCCUAGCUUCAGUCAGUUUGUGAAGUUUCUCACAAGAGAAGCCAAGAUUGCUUGCAAUCCUGUAACAUCCCUUCAUGCUUUGAAACCAAGUGAAGAUGGGAAACUUAAGACGCCAAGGAUUCAAAACCCCGGAGCAAGGGUAUUAGCAACUAACUCUGAUGAGAAAGAUACUGUUACUAGUUGUGUCUUCUGUGAGAAGUCAGGUCACAGUCUCCACAAAUGCUGGAAGUUCAUGGAUAAGCCCACCGCAGAGCGACAGAAGUUUGUUCAAGAGAAUAAAUUGUGCUUUGGCUGUUUAAGGCCUGGCCAUCGAUCGAAAGAUUGUGAUAACAGGAACACCUGCGACACGUGUCAGAGGAGGCAUCCAUCCUGCCUGCACGAAGAUCGUACUAAAGAAAGGUUAAGGGAUAGGAAGACCUCACAAGAUAAGGGGACAAGAGCGUCAAGUGAGGCCAUAUCUAACAGAGUCGUAAGGGACAUUAACACUCACACCUCCACAAUCAUUCCAGUAUGGGUGUCAACCACAAGUGAGCCAGAUCGUGAAGUUCUUGUGUAUGCACUUCUUGACACCCAGAGCGACACCACUUUUAUCCUUGAAGAGACAACAAAGGCUCUCAAUACAAGGAAGGAGCCAGUCCAACUGAAACUCUCUACAAUGGCUUCAAGAAAUACCACUGUGCCCUGCCAGAAGCUGUCUGGUUUGCAGGUUAGAGGGUUUUACUUGGAGAAGAAAAUCCCUCUGCCAACGACCUACUCGAGAGAGUUUAUUCCUGCAAACAGAGAUCAUAUUCCUACUCCAGAGACUGCAAGAGCAUGGUCUCAUCUUGAACACAUUGCAGAGGAGAUUGCUCCUCAACAGAGCUGUGAUGUCGGUCUCUUAAUUGGCUACAACUGCUCCCAGGCUCUCCUUCCAAGAGAAAUUGUGUCUGGUAAGGGAAAUCAGCCUUUUGCUCAGAGAACAGAUCUUGGCUGGAGCAUAGUCGGCUAUGGAAAUCCAUGUAUCGACUAUGGCGACCCUAUUGGAGUGAGUCAUCGGGUUAUCGUUAGACAGGUGAUGCCAAGCCUUCAAUCUUCUUCCAACCUCACAAAUCAAGUACACUAUGUUUGUAGAACACAUGCAAGAGAGGUAAUCACAACACUGGACAUUAUCAAGACGCUUGAAUCUGACUUCAACGAGAGACCUGCAGAAGAGGACCUCAUAUCUCAAGAGGAUAUCCGGUUCCUGAAGAAAAUGAAAGAGGGCAUCAGACGUAAGGACAAUGGACAUUAUGAGAUGCCGCUGCCGUUUAAGGAAGAAAGACCCAAUCUGCCGAACAAUAAAACAUGUGCAGUUCACCGACUCAAGUGCCUGGAAAGGAGCCUAAGGAGAGACAAGCAGUACUACAAGGACUACACAGCAUUCAUGGAAGAGACUAUAGCUUGUGGAGAUGCUGAGAAGGUCUCUAAAGAGGAAAUUAACAAGCAUCCAGCAUGGUAUAUCCCGCACCAUGGAGUUUAUCACCCACAAAAGCCUGGGAAGAUACGAGUCGUCUUUGACUGCUCAGCUAAGUUUCGAGAGACGUCCUUGAAUGAUCAUCUCCUUACCGGUCCAGAGUUGACAAACACAUUGCUGGGCAUCCUUUGUCGUUUUCGUAAGGGUCCAGUUGCAAUCAUGUGUGACGUAGAGUGCAUGUUCCACCAGUUUCAUGUGAAAGCAGAAGACCAAGAUUAUCUACGGUUCCUUUGGUGGGAGAACGGAGAUCUAGAGUCUCAACCCUCAGCGUAUCGUAUGAAGGUCCACUUGUUCGGCGCAGCUUCAUCUCCUGGUUGCGCCAACUAUGGUCUCAAACAUCUUGCUGCCGAAGGACGAGGAAGCUUCAGCGAGAAGUCUAUCCAGUUCAUAGAAAGGAACUUUUAUGUUGAUGAUGGGUUGACGAGCGUAUCGUCUGAAGCUGAAGCGGCCCAGCUGGGGAAAGAAGCAAGAGAGCUUUGCAGCAUCGGCAAACUUCGGUUGCACAAGUUUAUCUCUAACAGCAAGGAAGUUAUAGCCACAAUUCCCAAGGAAGAACGUGCCAAGGGUGCCAAAGACCUGGAUAUGGCUCUGGGUGAACCACACAUGGAGAGAGCGCUUGGUGUACUGUGGUGUGUCGCAUCAGACGAGUUCCAGUUUAGAGUAGUUGUCAAGGAACGCCCACUCACAAGAAGAGGAGUGUUGUCUACAGUAGCCUCUGUAUAUGAUCCGCUUGGGUUUGUGGCACCCUUUGUCCUGGUGGGGAAGCAGAUCUUGCAGCGGAUGUGUCGUGACAGAAUCGACUGGGAUGACCCCCUUCCAGAUGACCUACGUUCCCAGUGGGAAUUCUGGCUCCAAGGUCUACAAAACUUGUCUGAAGUAAGGAUCCAACGAAGCUACUUGCCAUCAAGUUUCAAGGAGGUGCAGAGUUAUGAGCUCCAUCACUUCUCCGACGCUAGUACCUCAGGUUAUGGAGAGUGCUCAUACCUCAGAACAAUCAGCACCGCAGGAGAAGUUCAUUGCUCCCUAGUUAUGGCAAAGUCGAGAGUCGCCCCUUCCAAGGUUACGACCAUACCACGACUGGAACUUUCAGCAGCGGUGGUAGCUGUUCGAACAAGUGACAUGCUCAAAAAGGAGUUAGAGAUACAAGGUCUACAGGAAUACUUCUGGACAGAGUCGAAGGUAGUUCUUGGCUACAUCAACAAUGAAGCCAGAAGAUUCCACGUCUUUGUAGCUAACCGUAUUCAACGCAUUAAACCUCCAACACAGACAGAAAUGGAGUAAAGACUGAAGAAACGCAAGGAUUAAUGACAUUGUCAUUUUGCAAGAUGAUACUGCACCACGCAACCAGUGGAAAUUGGCAAAGGUUACAGAAGUGUACCCGGGACAGGAUGGCCGGGUGAGAAGAUUCAAGUUACUGAUCAGCGACUCAACCGAAGAUGAGAGAGGUAAACGCAUCACCAAACCCACCUGUCUGGAGAGGCCCAUCCAUAAGACAGUCACCCUCCUGGAAGCCGAUCAAGAAACCUGCAGACCCCUUUCACAGAAAUCACUGGUGAUUGGUGGGAGUGUAACUGACAGUUAGACUUACAGGUUAUGUCGUUGUCUUUUGUUUGAAUUGUUUAUGUGUCCGCUGUGCGGGGAAAUGAUAAUACAAGCGGAACUACGUAGCUAAUACUGUUGUAACGGGGAUCCUUAUUGUAGCAACACACCUUUGGAGGGAAGGCAAUCCUGCGCUGCGUUAGCUAAGUUUUCAUGUCAUCGGGUGUAGUUCAUAAUGGUUGAAGAGUGUAUGUUAGGAUGAAGUGUGAAUUCAUGCCAGGAAUAAUAAGUGUGAAGUUUAAUUUCCUCCCUUCUGUAAUAAGCAGCCAAUGAGGUAUUUGUUCCUUUAUUCAUGUGUUAAUCUGAACCUGUUAUAACGCCGGUUAAACUGUUAUGUAUGUAAGCACUUCAGAGUUAUACCAAGCUAAUAAGUCACUCGUAAGAUAAGGUCGUAAGAGUGUGCUUAACUGUAUUUUUCAUUUACUUUAUAGUUCUCACGGAAGGUGAUAAUUCUGACUAAAACUACAGAAUAAAGCCGCCAGUUAAAAUCAA